AUGUAUCAUUCUUUGAAACGAUUCUUCGUAAAUUCGGAAGAGCUUUCUCGAGAGGCCUCGUCCUCCCUUUUGGUUACUUUGUUUCCUCAAUGCUUCAUCAGCUCCUCGGGGAAUGGAUUUCAAAGAGAGCCUACUCAAAUAGCAGUUCAUGUUCAAGGAUGGGUUCGAGAGGAUCCUAAUGCAAAACCGUUUAGUCGAAAAGACCGGGUAAUGGUCAGUCUUCUUCGUCGUUAUGUAGGACUCCCCCCUCAGGACCCUGUGGAAUCGAAUUUGAGCCUUCAGGAAGAAACGGCGACAUUCGUAAACACCUCGCCUCUCAUGGAAAGUACGAACGAUUCUGGCGAAGGAUUAGGAAUGAGAGGACAUUCGCAGAGUGAACCCAAUUUGAAAUACCAUACAGAAGAGUCGGAAACUGUGCCCCCAGGUCAAUCCAACGCCUCGGUUCGCUCUAAUUAUAGCUUAUCCAACUUUGUUCAGAGAUUCAUGAGCCCUUCUACGGUGAGCAGUUAUAUUGCGUCUAUAGGACUAAAGAAGUGUGAACACAAUUUCAUCACUCGAACAGCAAACUUAUUAAGUCGGCCGAUUAAAAAUAAGACUGUUUUAAUCGAGGUGUACUCUACAGAUGACAGUUUUCAGGAGCACUGCGUGGCUGAAUUUCAAGCAAUCACAGACCAAAAUGGAUACUUUAUAUUAAAAGAGGCAAUUCCGUACUUCAAAACGAGGAACAACAAGUUUUCAGUGAAAGCCAUUGCCGUUGGUCCUUUAACAACAACCGAACAAGCUCGCGCUGUGUUGAAUGAGGUUCCCGUUUUGAGCCGUACAGGUGUUUCCAUCAUUUCUGAUAUAGACGACACAGUGAAAAAUACGAGGGUAGUGGAAGGGUCGAAGAAAGUAGCCGAAAACACCCUUUUAGCACCUUUAAACAGUCAACACAUAGACGGCGUUUCCGACUGGUUCCGUAUUAUGACAAAUUUAGGAGCUACUUUACAUUUUGUAAGCAACUCUCCUUGGCAGCUUUGGCCUAUGCUUUCCGAAUUUUUUGAUACCAGCAAUAUACCGCUCAUUUCCUCAUUACAGUUGAGACAUUUUAGCAGUGUUAUACAAAACCUGGUCGAGCCUGCGGCCCAACGCAAACGUGAGGCACUUUUACAUACCAUACGAAAUCUUGGUGAUCGAAAGUUGCUUUUGGUUGGUGACAAUGGAGAGCAAGAUUUGGACAUCUAUGCAGAAAUAUCAACGUGCUUCCCUGAUCGGGUGCUGGGUAUUUUUAUUCGCGACGUGCAAACCGAUUUUCAUGGGAAAGAGCGAUUUCAAGGUACGAAUGAUUGUAGCCGUGUUGAUCUUGCUAGUACUACGGAAAGAAAGCAAAGUAAGGGAAAAGAGAUUGCCGACAAAUUGAAACCUAGAAAGCUGCAGAAAGAUGUGGAUGUUGAACACGCUUCAGAGUACUACCAAUUGGAAAAAGAGCAGGGGACGGAGCCCUCGACGCUUCAAUUGCAUCGGUACUUUACGUACCGAAUCUUCGUGGAGGAUAAGAAUACAGGGUAUCGAAAACCCAAGACACAAGUAGAGCAUGUGGUGACAAGGCUGCCAAAUGUUCAUUAUCUUACACCGUACUCGAGUACCAAAUACUCGAAUGGAGCGAUUCAGGACUGGUAUAUUCAAUUGGCGCGUGCACGAGGACAGGUUGCAGAAAAGAUUCCUAUAGUGAUGUGGAGGAAGGGCGAGGAGUGUGUUUCAUUUACAAAGAAGUUGAGUGAUGAGCAUUUAUAG